CAGGUGUGAUGGUUCUAUACACGGAGUCAACUCAACGGGGCCAGUGAUAAUCCUCGUCUUUAAAGGGAGGUGGAGAUCCGGGACAAAUGGAUGUCAUGCUCAUCAUCUUGAGCAUUUGUCUCCACGCGUAUUCAGCAAAGGAGAUCGAUCGUAACCAAGACCCGAAUCUUGACGAUCUCCUCAAAAUGCUUUGGAUGGAGACGACAACUCAGAAAUCCUACGGCUACCCAGAUCGUACGACCCUUUCGCCGCCGUACUUCGAGAACGGCCCCAACCCCGUCAACAACACUGUCCAGCUCGGCGCGGAAAUUACCCUCCAUUGUAAAGUCAACGAUCUGUCCGAACAAAUGUCGGUCUCCUGGUUGAAAAGGCACGGAGAUAAGCUCAACUUGCUGUCCGUCGGCCUGGAAAUGUACAGCUCGGAUACGAGGUUCGCCCCCCAGUUCAAAGCUCCUAACGACUGGCAGCUGCGACUCACCCCGGCCGAGCAGGCGGACCAAGGCCAAUACGAAUGCCAAGUCUCGUCGCACCCACCCAUCACGCAGAUUUUCUUCUUGACGGUUGUCGUUCCAGAGCUGAAUAUAGCAGAUGAAAGGGGCCUUCCCAUAAAGAACAAGUUCUACAAUUCAGGAAGCACGAUAGAACUGAAGUGCAUCAUUAGCAAAGUCCCAGAGCCGACCCACUUGAUCAUGUGGCGGAUUGGCGAGAAAGUGCUGAAUUACGACACGACGAGAGGAGGAAUAAGCGUAAAAACAGACAUCUCAGACGAUGGAGCUCUAAGCCGUCUUUUCAUUGCUAACUCAAACCAGCAUGAUUCAGGAAAUUACACAUGUUCCCUCGGGGAACUUGCACAUUCUUCUGUUGCAGUAGUUGUGCUGAACGGCGAAGCUCCAGCAGCUAUGCACGUAGGGAUCAGCCACAGGUUGACCGCCUGCAAUAUUUUUUGGGUUCUACCCUUCAUCCUUCUCAUAUACUCUAGGUGACUGGCAGUUUAAGUGUGAAACGCCAAGAUGUAAGGGACAUGGUAAACGUAACCAGACUUCAAAGGGACUUAUUCCCAAAAAAUUUUGCUAUUAUCUGAUUGGUGUUAUAGCUAUUGAAAAAACACUAAAACGCUGAUACAAAACCUGUACAAAUCUGUGUAAUGCCCAUUUAAAUCUUUGUAUUUGUACUGUAAGUUCGAUCUAGUAGGUCCAGCUGGGCUCAUCUUAAGGACUUACUUUUUUUUUCAUUCAAACCUUAUGAUUUUCAAGCCUUAUGAUUAAAAUUGAUUAAUUUAAUAUGGCAUAGUGGCUAAACGAUAAAAUUCUGUACAAGCAUAAAAAUAAAUAAAUAGAUGUAUCUACAUUUUUUUAUAGAAUUCUUAUAGGUCAGACUUUUAAGACUUAUAGGCAAAAUAAUACGCAAGAAUUUCCCAUAGUCCGCAUAAAAUAAUAACUUCAACAAAUCAUAAUUUCUGGAUUUGUUUUGUUGCUUUCUAAAUGUGAAUUUAAAUCGGGGAAAAAUCCAAUUGUUGUAUGUACAGAGAAAGGAACAGAUGCAGAUAAAUGUUUAAAUUUCUGGCUAUAUUAUUGCCAAGUCGACUCCUAGAUUGUAGAACAGUCUAAUUUAAACCAUUCACUCUGAAGGCGGAAAAAAAUCAAAAUAAAAAACAAAGAGAAGGGUAUUUUUAUAGAAAUGUACUAAUUUUUGGCUCAACAUAUUGUUGAAGUUUUUGUGAUCGGUGAGGUGUACAUAACUCAACUGUAUAGAGUUUAUACACAAUGAAAUACCAUUGAUAGAUUAAUUUAAAUUUUAUAUAUGCUUAGAACAUAAAAUUUUG